AUGCAGAGGAGAAGAGCGAGGAGCAUUCGUCCUUAUGAGUCGAAGGGUCUCGCGAAAGGUUUAGUGCGGUCAGGGGUAGGGCCAGAUGCACUUGACGGAAAGGCGAGAGCGGCAAACACGGAGAAGCGCCGGGGUAGCGAUGUCAAUACAAAGUUUGCGCGGCCGGAGGAGAAGAAGAGAAAGCGGCGGACGCAGGGAGAUGUGAGUGGAGACCUGGCCAGGCCAGCUGUAGAAAAGGCAAGGCAGGAGGAGUUGGAGACGAUUGUCAAAACGGGAAGCGACGAGGGGUGCGAAGGUGACAAGGAAGGAAGGAGAGGAGCAGGAGGAGAAACGAAGAAGACGCCAAACGACACGGUCGAGGAAGGAGGGAGAAAACAGAUUCUAACGGAAGGAACGAUGUGA